AUGCCUUUCUACUAUCAACAUCACGGGAAGGCAGCCCCUAACAAAUGGGUUGCCUUCUGGCGAAAGGUUUACAACCCUCUUGGCUUCCAGAAAGGAUACAACUUUCCCUUAUGGUUCAUCUUUUGUGGCGCUGCCCUUGGCUUUUGCGCCUCUCGAAUUAUCUAUCUGAACUACGAUACUACGUUCAAGAUGGACCACCUUGUUAGCGGAGAUUGGCUUCACAUGUCCAAAGGCAUCAUUCGGACUGGCACCCUUAUGCACCUAAGUGCUGUUGUUCCAAUCGGGUUCUUACUUCCCCUACAAUUCCUCCCUAUUGUUCGAUACAAGGCUAUGCUCUUCCACCGCAUCACGGGAUAUCUUCUCAUUUCUCUUCUGUUAGUCGGCAAUGCAGGCGCUAUCAUCAUGUGCACGCGUGCCUUGGGUGGCUCUGUUGACGUUCAAACUUUGACCGGCAUGCUUGCUAUAAUGACGACCGGUUCCGCUCUCCUCGCAUACAUCAAUAUCAAGAGGCUCCAGAUCGACCAGCACCGUGCUUGGAUGAUGCGGUGCUGGUCGUAUGCAUUCAUUAUCAUUACUCUUCGCAUUAUCCAAGUCCCGAUGAUGCAGUUAGUUGGCUUGACUGUGGCGAUAUAUAUCCCAAUGGACUGUGAAACAAUCGACUUCUCAAAUUCCAAGAACGGCGACAAUCUGGCUGCUAAAUUUUAUCCUGCAUGCGAGAUAGACCAUGACUCCGUUAUUGGUGUCCUGGCGGAUUUUACUCCCCAACCAAAUGCUGACGGGCUGUUCCCGUUACAUCAAAUCGGUGCUGCAAUCAGGGCGUCGUUCGGGCCAGCGGCAUUCCUAGCCAUCGCGAUACACGCAAUCCUGGUUGAGCUCUAUCUCCAUCUCACUCAGGCUGAGUCUGCUCGCUUGAAGCGGGUAAGUUACGAGCGGCAGAAGGCAAGAGGUUGGAAACGCCCAGGAGAUGCAAGCUGGCUGACCCGGGAGACUUGGGGAGACAUGGAACCUUUCGACUAUACAAAGCAGCCCGAGAAUAAAGACACCACACCGAAGAAGGUCAAUCAAGAUGGGGACGAGUCAGAAGUGAAUGACGCGGGCGAGGCACAUGCUCUUCGCCCGUUGGUGAAUCAAUCAGGUGAAGGGCAAACGACCGCCAACUUGGAGGACCAGCCAUACGACCCGCACGCGUGGCACAGACAGGGCUAG